AUGGCCAAGGCAGGCUGGGUACUCUGGCUUUGUAAGAAUGCAAUUGUCAAACAAGCCACUACCUCUGCAAUGAUAAAAGCCGAAAAAGACAAGGGAUGGGCGUUUGUAGUUCUGUUUGCAGCAUGUGGAAUACAACUUUUUACAUCAGUGUUUACCUACGGAUCCGGAUUGAUGCAUCUGUACCUACUUGAGAAAUACAAAAAAGACGACGCCACGACAUCAGUGGUUGGAUCUUUAUUUGUUAACCUAAUGGGUGUUGUCGGGCUGCUUGCAUCUUAUUUAAUCAAUAAAUGGAGUUGCAGAUUGACCUCCCUCAUCGGAGCCAUUAUGCUGUUUCUAGGAUUUACCUCUUCGUCCUUCGUCAAUUCCUUUUGGAUCCUAGUUUUGACGAAUGGAAUUAUAUCUGGUAUAGGGAUUGGGCUUGCUCUUUUACCUGCUCUUGUUGCGGUAGGUUUAAGUUUUGAGAAACACUCUGGAGUAGCUAAUGGUAUGUUUACAGCGAGUAUAGGUGUUGGCAUGACGGUUAGUGGACCUUUCAUGGAAUAUCUAUUGAAUGCAUAUGGAUUGCAUGGUACUUACCUACUCUCCGGGGCCAUUACAUCGCACCUGAUCUUCUUUGCAUUGCUUUUGCGAACCCCAGAAAAACAAGUUGAUGUUUUGAGAAGUAAAGAAGUCCAUCUUUUACAAUCAUUCAAGAAGCUUCUAACUACGCCAUUCUUUAUGCUAGUUCUAUCUGGAUCAGUACUUUGGAACAUAUCUUAUUCGGCGAUUAUGAUACAACUGCCAAAGUAUGUGUUACUGAAUGGAUUGUCCCAGAAAGCAGCUUCGUUAUCAUUUACAAUCAUCGGAAUUGGGACAAUAAUAUCAAGACUAUUGGUGGGUGUGGCUAUAGGCCCAGGUGGCCAAAACCCACUUCUGCUAAAUGUUGGACUUACUGCGUGUAUGGGGGCUGUGAUUGGGACUUUUCCUUUUUAUGCAAGCUUCACUUCAGGUUAUAUAAUAUUUUCCGUGGUGUAUGGAGUUGUGAGUGGCGGACUUAACGUUUUCACGAUUCCAUUGUGUGUGUCUUUGGCGGGAAAAGAGCAUUUAUCGGAAGCUAUAGGAAUGUGGUUUUUACUUCUAGGACUUGGGUCGCUCGUUGGACCCCCUGCUGCAGGACUUAUUUUUGACAUGACAGGAUCAUAUGCAUACUCCUACUACAUAAUGGGUAUCAUGGUUCUGUUAGCAUCCUCUCUAUCGCUGGCAGUAGUACUUUGUCAGAGACGACGGAAGAAGGACCAGAAUAGAGAUACCUCCUCUCAGUUCAACAUUAGUGUGAUAACAGGAACGACAAAUGAAUGAAUUAUAACUUUUUCUAUGAUUAAUUUGAUUAUUUUCCAGUCUGUAUCUGCAAUUUUGGACAAGUGAUGUAUAUGUUAUACGAGUAUUUCAGCAUCAGCAGAAUGUACAUUUCUUUGCAAAAUGUUAACGUUAUGAUCUUUUCCCCAGAGAAGCAGACCCAAGUAUUCAAGCAGACCAAAGUAUUCACAAGGGCAUGAUAUUACAUCAUGUAAAUCAUAUACGGUAAAUUUAAACUACAGGACAACUUCUCACUAUUCAUGUCGAAUGAAAAAUUUAAGGGACAAAGUUAAAGGAAACAAACCUAUGGUCAUUUGAAAACAACCAGCUUUGCUGAAUAUACAAUUUAAAAUAAUUUUAAAGAUCCGUCAUUUCUUUUGAAGAGUGGCAGGUCAUGAACAUUGCAAUAUUUAGCUUUCUUUGUAGUUUAUGUUCACUGAGUCUGAUUGUGUUUACAAUUUUACAUAUCUUUAUAAGACUCAAUACAUAUACAUAUUAGAUUUAUAAAAAUAUUGACGACUGGUCAUAAUUUGGAUGAUUUUAGCUUGACUUCUCGAUCAAUGUCUAAAGUAUAUGACAAAAAUAAAAUAUAUGACAAGAAUAUCAAGAAAAAACGACAUAUUUCCAUUGAUGAGCUGAUCAAAAUUGAAAAAAAAGACAUCCUUUUUUUAGAAGAUGAAAUAUAAUUCACCGUUGAUCCUUUCCUUCGUCAACUUUCCCUGAAUAUGAAUUUACAAUGCAGAAGUUCUAAAGUAAAUUUUAUUUCAUAAGAAUACAAAAAACAGGUCAGUUAUUAAAAGCGUACAAUUUGUGAUCAUGGAAAUUUCAACAGAUUGUGGUUAGACUUUAUAUUGUGACAAUGGUGAACACCUGUAUCUUUUCAAUAUUAACUUCAGAGUAUUUUAGAGUUUAAUUUAAAAACCUAGAUGAUCCAACUACAGGAUAUGAAAAUAUCCAAAUUCUAAUUUCAUUGAUGUAAACAUUUCAAGUUAAUUGAUUGUAUACAUCAUACCCACUUUCUUAAUUUUAACCCAAGAGGAAUAAGCACUUUGGAAUUUAUUUGCCUGCUUACUUAAACAAUGAGUAGAUGCCCGCUUUUCAUACUCUGUACACUAUGUCUAAAGGACUUACUUGCUAUUGUUUCAUUCAUAUAUGAUUUCUACAAGGUAAAUAAUUUUAGAAA